AUGCGGAAUCCGCUUUUUCCAGGUUCUGAUUCUUCCCCUCCUCGGGUUCUUUCUCUCACCACCUCAACAACCGAGUCAAAAUAUUCCGAAGACCCUAAGGACUGUGUCUUUUGUAAAAUUAUUUCGGGGGAAUUGCCAUGUAUUAAAAUUUUCGAAAAUGAACAUGUUUUAGCAUUUUUAGAUGCGGCGCCUAUUUCAAGAGGGCACUCUCUUGUAAUCCCGAAAACUCAUGUUACGAAAUUGACAUUGGCUUCUUCGUCCCUUGUUGCCGAAAUCGGAGCAGUUUUACCAAAAGUCACUAAUGCUGUGAUAAAAGGUGUAAACGCUACAGAUUUCAAUGUAUUGCAGAACAAUGGUCAACUAGCUGGACAAGUGGUUUUCCAUCUGCAUUUUCAUAUCAUUCCGAGGUUCAAAAACGAAGAUCAGUCAGCGGACAGAAAAGUGAAAGGCAGAUUAAGACUUUCAAAAGAGGAAACCGAGGGAAUAGGAAGUAACAUCAGGGCAAAGUUAUAG